AUGGCUGCACGACGCAACGACCACGACGGGGUCAUCCGCAGAACGGCAAUCCUCCAAGUGAGGAUCCGGGCAUUCAGCACGGCGACGAAAGAAGAUUUGCUCGUGAGAGCCGCCCUCCGAGAUGGCGCAACAGCAGGAGAUAUCCUGCAAACGGCGAUCGACCAUCGCCCUGAAAAUCCCACCAACGUCGCCCCUAUGAACCCUAACCCGACAUUUGAGGAGCUCGUAGAGCACAUCAUUCGGGAGUCUCUUAGCUAUCUGGACAAUGAGUUCCGAGACCUGUUGCUGCUCGAUGCAGGUCUACGCGACGAUGCUACUGCUGGCGACAUCAUACAAACUGCAAUUGAUCUCUAG